AUGAAAAUGUACAAGCGACGGGAAUAUGUUGAACUUUAUGAGAAGGACCUGGCCAAAUGGGCGCUGCUACGCAACGUCAACACUGUGAUGAAGCACAGCACACUGCUGCCGGGCGACUAUGUCUGGUUGGACCUGAAGACUGGUCGGGAGUUUGAGGUGCCAAUCGGCGCAGUGGUCAAACUCUGUGACUCAGGACAGAUCCAAGUGCUGGAUGAUGAAGGAAAUGAACACUGGAUCUCCCCUCAAAAUGCCACCAACAUCAAGCCAAUGCAUCCCACCUCGAUUCAUGGUGUGGAGGACAUGAUCCGCCUGGGAGACCUCAAUGAAGCCGGCAUCCUCCGCAACCUGCUCAUCAGAUACAGGGAAAAACUUAUAUAUACAUACACUGGCUCCAUCCUUGUGGCCGUCAAUCCGUACCAACUGCUGCCCAUCUACACGGCCGACCAGAUCCGCCUCUACACCAACAAAAAGAUUGGUGAAAUGCCACCCCACAUCUUUGCCAUUGCUGACAACUGUUACUUCAACAUGCAGAGGAACAACCGCGACCAGUGCUGUAUCAUCAGUGGUGAGUCCGGAGCAGGGAAGACAGAAAGUACCAAACUGAUCCUGCAGUUCCUGGCAGCCAUCAGCGGUCAGCACUCCUGGAUAGAACAGCAGGUCCUGGAGGCCAACCCCAUACUAGAAGCCUUUGGCAACGCUAAAACAAUCCGCAAUGACAACUCGUCUCGUUUUGGGAAAUACAUCGACAUCCAUUUCAACAAGAGAGGAGCCAUAGAGGGAGCCAAGAUAGAGCAAUAUCUGCUGGAGAAAUCCAGAGUCUGUCGACAGGCCCAUGAUGAGAGGAACUACCACAUCUUCUACUGCAUGCUGAAAGGCAUGACGCCAGAUGAGAAGAAGAAACUGGGACUGAGCAAGGCCACCGACUACACCUACCUGACCAUAGGUAACUGUACAGUGUGUGAUGGCCGGGACGACCUGAAGGAGUACUCCAACAUCCGAUCUGCCAUGAAGGUACUGAUGUUCACAGACAAAGAGAACUGGGAGAUUUCUAAACUUCUGGCUGCGAUAUUACACAUGGGAAACCUCAGAUAUGAAGCUCGUACCUACGACAACCUGGAUGCCUGCGAGGUUGUCCGCAGCCCUAACCUCACCACUGCUGCCACGCUGCUGGAGGUGGAUGGUAAAGAUCUAAUGAACUGUCUGACAAGUCGAACUCUGAUCACCAGAGGAGAAACUGUCUCCACCCCGCUCAGCAUGGAACAAGCUCUGGAUGUCCGGGAUGCUUUUGUUAAGGGAAUUUACGGCCGUUUGUUUGUGUGGAUUGUGGAGAAGAUCAAUGCAGCCAUUUACAAGCCCACGUCCUCACAGCCAAAAGCUCUCAGACGCUCCAUCGGACUGCUGGACAUCUUCGGCUUUGAGAACUUCACUGUCAACAGCUUCGAGCAACUGUGCAUCAACUUUGCCAACGAGAACCUGCAGCAGUUCUUCGUCCGUCACGUCUUCAAGCUGGAGCAGGAGGAGUACAACCUGGAGCACAUCAACUGGCAGCACAUCGAGUUCACUGACAACCAGGACGCUCUGGACAUGAUCGCCAUCAAACCAAUGAACAUCAUCUCGCUCAUCGACGAGGAGAGCAAGUUCCCCAAGGGCACGGACACCACCAUGCUGAACAAGCUGAACUUUCAGCACAAAGUCAACACAAACUACAUCCCCCCUAAGAACAACCACGAGACUCAGUUUGGCAUCCAACACUUUGCUGGAGUUGUUUUCUACGAAACACGAGGCUUCCUGGAGAAGAACAGAGACACUUUAUAUGGUGACAUCAUCCAGCUGGUUCACUCCUCCAAAAACAAGUUUAUCAAACAGAUCUUCCAGGCUGAUGUUGCGAUGGGGGCAGAGACCAGGAAGCGUUCGCCCACUCUCAGCAGUCAGUUUAAACGGUCUCUGGAGCUGCUGAUGAGAACUCUGGGUGUCUGUCAGCCUUUCUUCGUUCGCUGCAUUAAACCCAAUGAAUACAAGAAAUCCAUGUUGUUUGACAGGGAGCUGUGUGUGCGUCAGCUGCGGUACUCCGGUAUGAUGGAGACCAUUCGUAUCCGCCGCGCAGGAUACCCCAUUCGCUACACCUUCGUGGAGUUUGUUGAUCGUUACCGGGUACUCAUGCCUGGAGUCAAACCAGCGUACAAACAGGAGGACCUGAGGGGAACCUGUCAGAGGAUCGCUGAGGCGGUGCUCGGCAGAGACGAUGACUGGCAGAUGGGAAAGACCAAAAUCUUCCUCAAGGAUCACCACGACAUGCUGCUGGAGAUUGAGCGAGACAAAGCCAUCACAGACAAGGUCAUCCUCAUCCAGAAGGUGGUUCGAGGUUUCAAGGACAGAUCGAACUUCCUGAAGAUGAGGAAAUCGGCUGUGUUGAUCCAGAAGACGUGGAGAGGGUAUCACUGUAGGAAGAACUAUGGAGCUAUGCGAGCGGGCUUCUCUCGCCUCCAGGCUCUGGUUCGCUCCAGGAAGUUGUGUGCAUCAUAUCAUGUGGCCCGGCAGCGAAUCACAGGCUUCCAGGGACGCUGCCGGGGCUACUUGGUGCGCCGGGCGUUCAGACACCGGCUGUGGGCUGUCAUCACCAUCCAGGCCUACACCAGAGGCAUGAUCGCUCGGCGGCUGUACAAACGGCUGAAGGGAGAGUAUCGCAGGCGGCUGGAGGCUGAGAAGAUGCGUCUGGCUGAAGAGACCAAACUGAGGAAUCAGAUGUCUGCAAAGAAAGCAAAGGCCGAAGCUGAACGCAAACACCAGGAGCGUCUGGCCCAGCUGGCCAAAGAGGACGCCGAGCGGGAGAAGAAGGAGAAGGACGAUGCUCGAAAAAAGAAAGAGAUGGUGGAGCAGAUGGAGAAGGCCCGUCAGGAGCCCGUCAACGACUCUGACAUGGUAGACAAGAUGUUUGGCUUCCUGGGGACAACAGCCUCUUUCCCAGGUCAGGAGGGACAAGCCCCCGCCGGCUUCGAGGACCUGGAGCGGACCCAUCAGGAGCUGGAGGAGGAGGAUCUGGACGAGGCUCUUCCUCUGCCUGAGGACGAUGAAGAGGAGGAUUUAUCGGAGUACAAGUUCGCCAAGUAUGCUGCCACCUACUUCCAGGGCACCACCACGCACACCUACGUCCGAAGGCCUCUCAAACAGCCUCUGCUGUUCCACGACGAUGAGGGAGACCAGCUGGCUGCUCUGGCAGUGUGGAUCACAGUGCUGAGGUUCAUGGGAGAUCUGCCGGAGCCCAAGUACCACACAGCCAUCAGCGAUGGAAGCGAGAAGAUCCCCGUCAUGACCAAAAUCUACGAGACACUGGGAAAGAAGACCUACAAGAGAGAGCUGCAGGCGCUGCAGGGGGAGGGGGAGACACCUCAUGCUGACGGCCACAAGAAGAACAGUGUCCGACACAAACUGGUGUCCCUCACCCUGAAGAAGAAAUCCAAGAUCACUGAGGAGGUCACCAAACGCCUUAAUGAUGGGGAGUACGGUCUUCACGGCAACAGCAUGCUGGAGGAUCGGCCAACAUCCAACCUGGAGAAACUUCAUUUCAUCAUCGGCAACGGGAUUCUGAGACCAACACUGAGGGAUGAGAUCUACUGUCAGAUCUGUAAGCAGCUGAGUCAGAACCCGUCUAAAAGUUCUCACGCUCGUGGCUGGAUCCUCAUCUCUCUAUGUGUCGGCUGCUUCGCCCCUUCAGACAAGUUUGUCAAGUACCUGAGGAACUUCAUUAGCAGCGGGCCGCCUGGUUAUGCUCCGUACUGUGAAGAGAGACUGAGACGAACAUUUGUGAAUGGGACGAGAACACAACCUCCAUCCUGGCUGGAACUGCAGGCCACUAAGUCAAAGAAGCCCAUCAUGCUGCCGGUGACGUUCAUGGACGGCACGACCAAAACUCUACUGACGGACUCGGCCACUACAGCCAAGGAGCUCUGCAGCGCCCUGUCCGACAAAAUCAACCUGCGGGACCGCUUCGGUUUCUCACUGUACAUUGCAUUAUUUGAUAAGGUCUCCUCUUUAGGCAGUGGGAACGACCAUGUGAUGGACGCUGUGUCGCAGUGUGAGCAAUAUGCAAAGGAACAGGGAGCCCAGGAGAGGAACGCCCCCUGGAGGCUGUUCUUCAGGAAGGAGAUCUUCACGCCCUGGCACAACCCUACAGACGACCAGGUCGCCACCAACCUCAUCUACCAGCAAACCGUCAGGGGUGUCAAGUUUGGAGAGUACCGCUGCGACAGGGACGACCUGGCAGAGCUGGCCUCUCAGCAGUAUUACGUUGACUACGGUUCAGAGAUCCUUCAGGAGCGCCUGCUAAGCCUCAUCCCCUCCUACAUCCCGGACAGAGAGAUCUGCACCUCCAGGACGGUGGAGAAAUGGGCUCAUUUCAUCAUGGCUGCACACAAAAAGGGCAUCUACACCCAGAAGAGGUUUGACACUCAGAAGGUGAAGGAGGAGGUAGUGGACUUUGCUCGUCACAAGUGGCCUCUGCUCUUCUCUCGCUUCUACGAAGCAUUUAAGUUCUCAGGUCCCAGUCUGCCUAAAAACGACCUGAUUGUUGCCGUCAACUGGACCGGGGUUUAUUUUGUAGAUGAGCAGGAGCAGGUCCUCUUAGAGCUCUCUUUCCCAGAAAUCACUGCAGUUUCCAGCAGCAGGGGAGGAAAGUUGCAGAGUCAGAGUUUCACUUUGGCGACCAUCAAAGGAGACGAGUACACCUUCACCUCCAACAACGCAGAGGACAUCCGUGACCUGGUGGUGACCUUCCUGGAAGGCUUGAGGAAGAGGUCGAAGUUUGUGGUCGCGCUGCAGGACAACCCCAAUCCCACUGGGGAGGAGUCUACAUUCCUGAGCUUCCUGAAGGGAGACCUGAUCCUGUUGGACCAGGACACCGGUGAGCAGGUCCUCAACUCUGGUUGGGCACAUGGGGUCAACGAACGAACCAAUCAGAGAGGAGAUUUCCCAGCUGAUUGUGUCUAUGUCCUGCCUACAGUGACCCGACCUCAGCAAGAAAUAGUGGCACUAGUAACAAUGACACCGGACCAGAGACAGGAGUCUGUUCGUGUAUCGCAGCUCAUCAUGCCGGAGAGUGACGGCAGGAUUAAACCCUACACACUGGAGGAGUUCUCCUAUGACUACUUCCGGCCUCCUCCCAAACACACCCUGAGCCGGGUGAUGGUCACUAAGAAUCGUGGGAAGGACAAAAUGUGGAGCUGCACCAGAGAGCCUCUGAAGCAGCCGCUGCUGAAGAAGGUUGUCAACCACGAGGAGCUGGCUCAGGACGCCUGCAUGGCCUUCAUAGCUAUGAUGAAGUACAUGGGCGACUACCCGUCCAAACGGACACGCUCAGUCAACGAGAUGACAGAUCAGAUCUUCGAAGGAGCUCUGAAGGCCGAACCUCUGAAAGACGAGAUCUACUGUCAGAUCAUCAAACAGCUCACUGACAACCACGUCAAGUACAGUGAGGAAAAAGGCUGGGAGCUGCUGUGGUUGUGUACUGGUCUGUUUCCUCCCAGUAACGUGCUGCUGCCACACAUCCAACGCUUCCUCCAGUCCAAGAAACAUCACCCGCUCUCUGGAGACUGCAUGCAGAGACUGCACAAAGCUCUACGUAACGGAUCCAGGAAGUACCCGCCUCAUCUGGUGGAAGUGGAGGCAAUUCAACAUAAGACAACCCAGAUCUUUCACAAAGUUUACUUCCCUGACGACACAGACGAGGCAUUUGAGGUGGAGUCCAGCACCAAAGCGAAGGAUUUCUGCCAGAACAUCUCAACCAGACUGUUGCUCAAAUCUCCUGAAGGCUUCAGCCUCUUCGUCAAGAUCUCAGACAAGGUGAUCAGUGUGCCAGAGGGAGAUUUCUUCUUUGACUUUGUCAGACAUUUGACAGACUGGAUCAAGAAAUCUCGACCAGCUAAAGACGGAAUUGUUCCCUCUCUGACCUAUCAGGUCUUCUUCAUGAAGAAGUUGUGGACCAACACAGUUCCAGGAAAGGACUCCUUUGCAGAUUCCAUCUUUCACUACUACCAGGAGCUGCCUAAAUACCUGCGUGGCUACCAUAAGUGUUCACGAGAAGAGGUUUUCCAACUUGCAGCUCUUAUCUACCGUGUCAAGUUUGAAGAUGACAAAUCGCACUUUCCUACAAUUCCCAAGAUGCUUCGUGAGCUGGUUCCACAGGAUCUAAUCCGUCAGAUGUCACCAGAUGACUGGAAAAGGUCAGUGGUUGCAUACUUCAACAAACAGGCCGGUAAAUCGAGAGAAGAAGCCAAACUGAUGUUCCUAAAGAUCAUCUACAAGUGGCCGACCUUUGGCUCCGCCUUCUUUGAGGUCAAGCAAACCACAGAGCCCAACUUCCCUGAGAUCCUGCUAAUCGCCAUCAACAAGCACGGAGUCAGUCUCAUUGACCCAAAGACAAAGGACAUUCUGAUCACUCACCCCUUCACCAAGAUCUCCAACUGGAGCAGUGGGAACACCUACUUCCACAUCACCAUCGGCAACCUGGUCAGAGGAAGCAAACUGCUGUGUGAAACCUCACUGGGCUACAAGAUGGACGACCUGCUGACCUCUUACAUCAGCCAGAUGCUGACCACCAUGAACAAGCAGCGCUCCGGGCGGGGCCACAGCAAGUGAACUUCUUACUGGCAGGAGGCUGCUGAGCUCAUCCGGCUCUUGCGCCCCAUUGGCCAGCCCUGCAGCUGGGGGCGGACCUUUGCCCACCAGCUGUGGAGGAUGAGCCGCAGUCCUUCUGCUAGCUCUGAAGGGUCAAAGCUCACCGGGGAGAGUUCAGGCGCCAGCAGCGACGACCCUGGCGAGGGCCCCAGCAACUAUCACCAUUACAACUUCAAUGAAGAUGAGGAUGAGCCGUCAAGUGAGGAUGAUUACCUUUAAAAACUCUCCGUCCUACAGGUCGGUCUUUCUGGCUCCUGAUUCAACACUUGUGUUCACUGAGUACUGCCGUCAUGUUAACCUUCUUUGGUUGUUCCAGCUCAAAGAUUUGAAUGUUUAAGCAGUUUAGGACUUGGCUAACUAAAAUACAGUAAACUUUAUCUUUUUUUGUGGGCUGGAAUGGGACCUAACACAUUUCAAAAACUACAAAUGAGCCUGAAUGACAACAGCAGCUAGUAAGCUCAUCAACUCAUGAUGAUGGAGCUCCUCUGGGGUCACUUGGUAAACAGUGUUCUUGGAUUAGCGAUUUUGGGAUCUCUAUAAAUGUUAAAUAUGCAUGUUUUGGUUUAGUUAGAAAGAAAUGUAUUAUCUUUCAUUUGAACCCAAUUCUGUUCAACAAGCACAGACACUGGGUGUCUUAGAAUAAAACCUUUCCCAUUUCCUCAUGCGUUUACUAUGAGCUCUAUGAAUAAUGUAAUUACAGCUAUGCUACUUGCAGUACCCUAAUAGCCUAUCUAACAUCAGGUAAAAUAGGAACAUAUAAUAGCAUGCUAGAGAGCUGUUUUUUGUCUAAAAUGUAUUAAUUGGCUCUGAUUUUACAGAAUUUUCAUGUGAGCCUUUUUCUAUAGUAAUUACCAGCUAGAAAUCACACAUCAACAGACAUAAUUAUAAAGACUAUGUCCUAGUAACUACUUUCAACUUGGUUGUAUUUUAUAAAUGGGUCGCUACUUCACGGGGAAAAUCUAAUUUGCGCUCUGAUAUAAAACCAGAUAAAGUAACAGUGGGAAUCCAAGGGCACAAAUUACAUGAUUUAUUUUUUCUACCCUGUAACCCCAGAUGGGCUCUGUACAUGUUGCAUACGUGUGGAGUUUAGCAGAAACUUUAGUAUUUAAUUGGUUAAUCCAUCCAUCAAUUUUAUGCCUUUUAUUAAGUAAAAGUUGUACUGUACUGAUAAAUGUUAUAUAAAUGUCAAUAAAUAGGUGUAGUUAAUAAUAUUUGUAGGACUUAUCAUUCUUACUGGUUUAUCUUGUCUUUGAUUGGUAUAUGAAAAUUAAAUUCUAUGUGGAAUUUAAAAGGUUUUAAAAUUUAAUUUAGUGGACACUGCAGGAACUCUGUUGUCAGAGUUAAUAUGCACAUGCUACAUACCAUGCUAACAUUAACAUUAAGCUCAAAGUCCAACUGAGUCUUAACUCAGAGGGGGGUCAAAGGUCAAACAGUUAUGUUUUUGUGUUUUUUGUUCUUUCUUCUUGAUGGUUAAAUAACUUUGUUUAGACAAAUAACCUUUAUGUUUUUCUCUGUCCUUGGAACCAAAUAGUGUAACUGAAGUGACAUUAGGGGACCUGAGCUCAAUUAUUUAAAAGUGUAUGACACACUAUAAACAGACCUGUAAUGCAUUUUGGUCUGAUAUUUAUGCCUUAUACCGUGUGUACCAGUUUCAUAUGGGGAUUUUGUUUUUUAAUACUUAAUAAUACUACUUUGUUUACACCUUUUUUUGUUUAUAGUUGUAGAUUAUUAUCAGCUAUUCGUGUUUAAUUUUAAUUUUCCUGCCUUAAUUGUUUCUCUACUUCUGUUGAGAUGGCAUUACCCAGUAGUGUGCGGCUGCUGUUCCUAUGUUGAAUUUGUAACUUAUCUUAGCUUAAGGUCUACUUGCUAGAUUUUUCUUGGGGGUUUAGUUUUGGUCAUCCGGGAAGUUUGUAAAUAUGUCACAAAGAUGAUUUAGUGACACAAAUAUGGAACUUUGGUCAUAGAUGAUUGAUAAUAAGGUUAGGGAUUAAGAAAGCCAGUCCCAUUUGAAAACCAUGAGAAGCCGUUAGAAAGCUCAGGAAAAAGCUAGUAAGUGGACCUCUGGCUAAGACUAUUUGUCAAACUAAUUUCAAGCUUAACAGUCCUGUGGUUUGUUAGUGUAGUUAUAAAUGUCAUUUGUCUUAAUACACACUGAUUAUACUGGUUAAAAAUACUGUGCAUUUAUAACCAAGUCUAGAUCUUCCAUCUAUGUGUUGUAAUACGUUUUUUUCAGCAUAGUAAGAAACCUGCAGGCUGAAAAAGUUAGCAAAUUGUUGCAAAUAAAAACCACUUAUCUUUACAAAAUCUUACAAAACCUUUAGGAGUAAAUAGCUUUUUACUAAAGAUGUUUUCGCUCAUAAGUCAAAGUUCAGAAUCAUUCUUCAAAAUAACUAACCUUCAGUGAAAUAGGAAAAGCAAGACACUCACCAGGGUAAGUAAGGAGUUUUCCCAUUAGACAGAAUAUAUGCUGUAAAAACAGAAACAUUUUUGCUUUUCCACCACCAGCGGCCUGGUGACGACUACUUGUUCGUUUUCCUAUUCUGUUGUGGCAAUUGUUUUGGUGAAAUUCAGGCCUGCCAGUCUGAAAUCUGCCCUUUUUCUGGUGUGAAGGUGUUUUUGUGCGUGUGUCCGUCAAUAUGUGUUGAUGGGACGAACCCUUCAUUCAUUAAUCUGCACUGGUUAUAUUUUGUUUGUAAAGUGAACAAAUAAUAAACUGGUAUUUUAACAGUGCCAACCAUUUAAUUUGAUAACUAUCUUCAGUUUGUUGUUUUUCUUUGUGGAUACAUGCAAACUUGGAUUUUUAACCUGUUCUGUUGCUUAUUUUUAUUGUUUUAUUGUCUAUGACAGUGUAACUCCGAUCCUCUUGGCUUCCUGUAAUGUUUCCAUGGUCUGUGAAAUGUGUGCUCUCACUUUUGUAUAAAACAUUAAAUAAAUUGGUUUUGACUUGAUUGAUGUAAGAUAAAUUAAUUACCCUUGUUGCUCACAAUGAAUUUAACACAGUUGAGACAAUGAGUAUAGUUUCUCCAA